GGAGCUUAGACCAACUGCUCUGCACUCACUUCUCUCCAGCCAGAGCAGUAAGACAUCAGCAGACUCCACCAACAUGUCCUUCUCCAGCAGCAGCUUCAGAUCCUCCUCAAGCAGAUCCAUGAAGGGCUCAUCUAUGGGUUCCUCGCGUAUGUCCAUGUCUGGAGGUGGUGGCAUGUCCAUGUCUGGAGGUGGUGGCAUGUCCAUGUCCAUGUCUGGUGGAGGCAGCCGCAACAGUGGCAUUAGGGCCGGCAGCGUGUAUGGGGGUGCAGGUGGCUCUGGGGUGCGCAUCUCCAGUGCCAGAGCCUCCAGGUCCUUCUCUGCUGGUGGUGGCAGUUUCGGUGGUGGUGCUGGCUUCGGUGGAGGCUCCAGCUUCAGUAUGUCUGGUGGAGGAAGUGACAGUCAUGUCAUCGGCAACGAGAAGUUCUGCAUGCAGAACCUGAACGACCGUCUGGCCACCUACCUGGCCAAAGUUCACACCUUGGAGAAGGCCAAUGCUGAGCUGGAGCUGAAGAUCCGCCAGUUCCUGGAGGCCAAGACCUCCCCCAGUGCUCGCGACUAUGGUUCAUCCCAUGUCAUCAUCAGUGACCUCCAAUCCAAGAUACAGGAAGCCAUCCGUAUGAAUGGUGCUGUCCAUCUAAGCAUUGACAAUGCCAGGCUUGCCGCUGAAGACUUCAGAAUGAAGUAUGAGACCGAGCUGUCCAUGCGUCAGUCAGUGGAAGCAGACAUCGCUAGGCUGAGGUGUGUUCUGGAAGAGCUGAAUAUGUCCAAAAAGGACCUGAGCAUGCAGAUUGAGGGGCUGAGAGAGGAGUUGGUCUACCUCAAGAGAAACCACGAGGAGGAGCUGUUGUCCAUGCGUGCCCAGAUGAGCGGCCAGGUCCAUGUGGAGGUUGACGCUGCACCACAGGAAGACCUCAGCAAAGUCAUGGCUGAGAUUCGUGAACACUACGAGGCUGUCGCUGCCAAGAACAACAGAGAACUGGAGGGCUGGUUCCACGCCAAGACCGAGGCACUGAACAAGGAGGUCGCAAUUAGCACAGAAGUUAUCCAAACGUCCAGAUCUGAAAUUUCAGAAGUCAAACGCACACUGCAGAGUCUUGAAAUCGAACUUCAAUCACAAAUAAGCAUGAAAUUAUCCAUGGAAAAUACCUUCGCCGAGACAAAGAACCGUUUCUCCAUGCAGCUGUCGGGUUAUCAGAUGCAGGUGACUAGCUUGGAGGAACARUUGGUAAAUCUCAGGGCUGACUUGCAACGCCAGGGCCAGGAAUACAAGAUGUUGCUGGACAUCAAGACCAGGCUGGAGAUGGAAAUCGCUGAGUACAGGAGACUGCUGGACGGAGAGGCCAGAAGUGUCUCCUCCUCCUCCUCCUCCUCCUCCUCUACCACCACCAGGAAGGUCAUCACAGUGGUAGAACAGGUGGUGGAUGGGAAAGUGGUCUCCUCCACCCAAUCCUCAGCUUCUUCAUAUGCACGCCACUGAUGCAGUACAUGAGUGUACUGAGGGAAAUACAACAACUGAUUAUCUGACUCACUAAACAUCCAGUGCAUAUCUGGAAGGCAACAGCAAUAAAAAUAAUACAUCUGAAAUCC